AGAAAGAGAGAGAGUGAGUGAGUGAGUGAGUGAGAGUGUGAGACAGAGAGUUGUAAGCAGUAACACAUUGGUGAGAAUAGGGAAGCAGGCGCACGGCACGGGGACCCGCCGGAAGAAGCAGCAGCAGCAGCUUCAGCGCGAGCUGGACGCAGACCGACAAAACACCGGCAGCACGAGCGACACCGAGGCGGCCAGAGGGGCGGAGAGGAGGAGGAGGAGGCACCUGCACCGCGACUCGUUCUCCCCCGCUGCCUCCGUCGUCUCUCCCUCUCGCUCUUCAGCUCUCCUCACCCCUCGUUCCUCUCGGACCGCCGCCGCUUCCUCGUUAAGAUGGCUGACCCCAACAGCGACGGAGAGGUACCGGAGAGCGCGCGCGGCUUCGCCCGUCAGGGAGCCCUCCGCCAGAAGAAUGUGCACGAGGUGAAGAACCACAAGUUCAUCGCGCGCUUCUUCAAGCAGCCCACCUUCUGCAGCCACUGCACGGACUUCAUCUGGGGCUUUGGGAAACAGGGAUUCCAGUGCCAAGUGUGCUGUUUUGUUGUCCAUAAGCGCUGUCAUGAGUUUGUCACCUUUUCUUGUCCGGGGGCGGACAAGGGACCUGCCUCUGACGAUCCUCGUAGUAAACACAAGUUUAAGGUCCACACUUACUCCAGCCCAACCUUCUGUGACCACUGUGGCUCCCUCCUCUACGGGCUGAUACACCAGGGCAUGAAAUGUGACCACUGUAUGAUGAACAUCCACAAGCGGUGUGUGGCCAACGUCCCGAGCUUGUGUGGGACAGAUCACACCGAGAGGAGAGGCCGCAUCCACAUCUCUGCCCAGAUCACUGAGGACACUCUCACCGUCAUCAUCAAAGAGGCUAAGAACCUGGUGCCCAUGGACCCCAAUGGCCUGUCAGACCCUUACGUCAAGCUCAAACUGAUCCCAGAUCCCAAGAGUGAGAGCAAACAGAAGACCAAGACCAUCAAAUGUUGCCUCAACCCCACCUGGAAUGAGACCUUCAAUUUCCGCCUAAAAGAAAGUGACAAGGACCGCCGUCUCUCGGUGGAGGUCUGGGACUGGGAUUUGACCAGCAGGAACGACUUCAUGGGAUCCCUGUCCUUUGGGAUCUCAGAGCUACAGAAACUAGGGAUAGACGGAUGGUUUAAGCUGCUUUCUCAGGAGGAAGGAGAAUACUUUAAUGUUCCUGUCCAGCCAGAUGGAGAGGACGGUAACGAGGAGCUACGACAAAAGUUUGAGAGGGCGAGGGUGGGACCAGGGAAGCCCACGGACUCUUCUUCCUCCUCCUCGGUGUGCAAGUAUGACAGCAAUGGCAAUCAGGACCGUGUCAAGCUCUCGGACUUCAACUUCGUCAUGGUCCUCGGCAAAGGCAGCUUUGGCAAGGUGAUGUUGGCUGAGAGGAAGGGGACGGACGAGUUGUACGCCAUCAAAAUCCUGAAGAAGGACGUGGUGAUCCAGGACGAUGACGUGGAGUGCACCAUGGUGGAGAAGAGAGUCCUCGCUCUGUCUGGGAAACCACCUUUCCUCACUCAGCUGCACUCCUGUUUCCAAACCAUGGACCGGUUGUAUUUUGUGAUGGAGUAUAUAAAUGGAGGAGACCUUAUGUACCAGAUCCAACAGGUUGGCAAGUUCAAGGAGCCUCAUGCUGUGUUUUAUGCUGCAGAGAUUGCCAUCGGACUCUUCUUCCUCCACUCCAAAGGCAUUGUGUAUCGGGAUCUGAAGCUGGACAAUGUGAUGCUGGACUCUGAAGGCCACAUAAAGAUCGCCGACUUUGGAAUGUGCAAAGAGAACAUGUAUGACGGCAUCACCACAAAGACCUUCUGUGGAACACCAGACUACAUCGCUCCAGAGAUCAUAGCCUAUCAGCCUUAUGGGAAGUCUGUGGACUGGUGGGCCUUUGGAGUACUGCUGUACGAAAUGCUAGCUGGACAGCCGCCUUUUGACGGGGAGGAUGAAGAUGAGCUGUUCCAGUCGAUCAUGGAGCAUCACGUCUCUUACCCUAAAUCCAUGUCCAAAGAAGCUGUUGCCAUCUGCAAGGGGCUGAUGACCAAACACCCAUGUAAGCGUCUGGGCUGUGGUCCAGAGGGGGAGAGAGACAUCAAAGAGCACGCCUUCUUCCGCUACAUAGACUGGGAAAAACUGGAGAAUAAAGAGGUGCAGCCACCUUUCAAACCUAAAGCUAAAUCUCGCUGUGACGUCGGCAACUUUGACAAGGAGUUCACAAAGAUGGCGGUGGAGCUGACGCCCACAGACAAGCUGUUCAUCAUGAACCUAGACCAGAACGAGUUCCAAGGCUUCUCCUACACCAACCCCGAAUUUAUUAUACAAGUCUGAGGAGUUCCUGUUGGUUAGACGCAGCCCGGACAAGACUUUACUCCAAACCCGAACAGCCCAGUUACAUUUAAUCCAAGAGUCAUCCAGCAUCUCAUCGGCAGCCCGGACUCACACCAAUCAUACACACACACACAUAAAAAUCCUCAAACUCAUCCCCCCGCCAGCGUCUACACUGGACAGUAAUGAAUAUCAUAAACAUACAUACUCACAUUUAAAGACACACAAGCAGCACGAUGAAAUACAAACCUAGAUGGCUUCAGCAGCUGGUUGGUCACAGCAGGACUUACUUUGACCACGUGGUAACAGGCCAGUUUCCGAAAAAACUCACGGGACCUCGUGUUGAGCAGGUCAAUACAGCGGCUGACGAUCAAGAGCCACAGCGUAUGUGUAACUGUGUGUAUGUGCUCUAUCGAUCGGCAACAGCGUGUGUUUGUUUACUUGAUUUCCCUCUCUUCGGCCUGUAAAAGUUGCGUCAUGAACAUUCCAUGAUCAAUAUGUCAUGUAUGUGCUCACACACAUACACACACACACACACACACACACACACACACACACACACACACACACACACACACACACACACGUUUCUGCAUAGGCUGCGGUUUGGAGGGAAGGAAGGUUUUGAAUUAUGAAAGUCCAAGGCCCUGUUCAUCAAAUGUGGCUUAUUUAAUUCAGGCUUACAUGCUGUUAUCAGGCUAAAAAUAAUCCUGUUUAUUCUCAUGCAGAUAAUUUGGUUCUUUGAAAGCAGCGUGAAGAUUGGUUUGGUUUGUUAAUCCUUGUGCCGGCCUGUUGUACGAUUUAGGCGUGUUGGGAUCCCUCCCUGCAUGCACUGGGACAGUAACUUCAUGGACAUCAGUGUCAUUUAAGGCACGCUCCCGCAUUUUACUGCCGUUAAUAAUUUCUACAUGGUGCUCCAAAGUUUUUCCCACGCUUUCAUCGCUGUUGAAUUAGAUAUGAUGAGUGAGUGUGGUUAGACUGUGAGUGAUGUUGGUGCUCGAGCGGAGAGGUUCUCCCAAACUGACAUGUGAGAGACUUCUGAUAAAAGCAAACAGGCCUGCUGCAAAACGAAACCUCACUCCUUAAGAAGCAGAUUUAAAUGCAUGAACUAUUUUCAGCAAUCCAAGCUCUGCAGUUAAUCAUUGAAGGAGUUUUAGUCUUUAAAUUACAAAUUCCCAUUUUAAUGGAAAAUGUUAUUGGUCUUUAAUAGUUAGAAUUUUUUUGCUGAGUUUGUCUUUUUGUUCACAGUGUCUCAAAAACUGGGUUGAUUCUGUUUUUUUAGUCACAAACUUGUAUUUUCUCUUAGCAAAUACUGAUGAUUUCUCAAAUGAUAAUUAUAUCAGUAUUUGUUCAUUAUAAAGCUAAGUGAGACGUUUGAAUAUGAAAAUGAGCUCAUGUGUGGGAUUCCCCCUCAAUGCAAUAUCCUUUCUAAAGAAGAAAGGAUGCUAAUAUUGCUAAUUGGCUAAAAAGUUGAAAAAUAAAGAGUUAAAAGAUAUACUAUAAAGAGAUACUGUAUCUAUUCUGUGUAAAUUGUCCACCUGCUAAAAGGACAACAAAACCCUGGCAACACCUAAGUCAAGCUAAUUACAUCAAUAGGCCAUAAAAGUGCAAAGUCCACAUGUAAUGAAUAUCUGCUUUUGUGUAACUGAAUUUACCUUUCGCUCUGAUUACAGUCUCAGCUUCUAAUAUUGGUGCGGCAGGUCCAGUAUUCUCCCUUCAGCCUGAACAGAUGCAGUGAGGUCUAAAAAGAGAAAAAGGCAAAAGAUUUAAAACAAUAAAACACCUUCCAGGCUUAACUGGCUGCGCAAAUGCAACUUAUCACCCUCAUGGUGUCUUACCUGAAGUAGAAAAUAUGUACAAAUACAUGAAAACAAUUGUUAAAAUCACCUCAGAGAUUAAAAAAAGCCAAAGUGAAGAACGUUUCGAGUUAGCUUCAAAGAACCAAAACAAAAAAAUCCAGAGUCAUAUUUUCCACGUAUGAAGAACAGGGCCCUGAUUUAUAACCUCAUGUCUAAGUUAGUCCUGAACUUAGUCUUAAGCACGUCUCGUCUUCCAAACUGAUGCAAAAAAAAAGAAAAAAAAAAAGAAAAAAAAGGAAAGAAAUUCCCCAAAUGCCUGUUUGGCAGUGAUAUUUAACAAUGUCUCUGUCUUUUUUCUCUUGCUUAAUCUCUCUCUUUCUCUUCUCUAUGGCACUGUGUAUGCAGUGGGUUAGUGCUGUGUAGGCCUAUACAGUCUUUGUGGUGCAGCUCCUCUAUGCAUGCCAUAUUUGUUGGUACAGUAGUUCUCUAAGAUUUGCUUUCGACAUCGUGGAGGUGAGAAACUCUCGGUGUCUUGAAUUUAUCGAUGCAAGUCAGUUUUAUGAUAUCCAUGCUCAGAUCAAGUUUUUAGUUUCCACUCUGGAUGCUGCGUACGCUAUUUCUGAUAAUGUCGAAAAUGUGCGCGGCUAAAGAGUUUGCUUUAAAAAAGCACGGAGCAAAGACUGUUUGGCUGUGUGUUAAAUGAACAUAUAAAAUAGAUGUAAUUAUUCUGUAUGACUUGUGUUUCUGUGUAUGUGUAAAUAGGAAUGGGAUCUAGAGCUAGAUGUGGUUUCCAUGCAAUGACGCACUUCCUCACACCCCAUCUCCCUGUCUCUCUGCUCUUUACCCCUGCCAGCACUCUCAGCUUUUACUUUGUUCUCCAAUUUUAUCUCUCCCCUUUCUCCUCCUCUUCCUCUUCUCCUUUCCUUCAAUCUUAAUUUGAUCUCUUUUUCCUUCUCUGCUUCUCCCCUUUCUGCGGCUCACAUUCACAUCGGUAAAUUUUAAUGAGAAGGAACUGGGAAAUGAGAUUGGCAAGACAAGAGGGAGAAGGGAAAAGAGGGGAGAAUAAAGUGUUUACUAUGCAAAAGGCAGGAGAAGAAGAAGAAAGAGGAUGAGGAGAAGAGGGCAACUUUUAUAAAGCAACCUGAGGAGAUGGUGUAACAGGACAGUAUUCAUGUGUUGCAUGCGCCGUCUUUACCUGCGCGUGAGAAACACCUCCAAUAUGAUACCUACAUUAAAAUGAAUUAUCAUAAUACCAUUUCAGUAA